AUGCCUAAAACAGGCAAACCAAGACGAGCACGCACAGCUUUCACUUACGAGCAACUAGUCGCACUAGAAACUAAAUUUAAAAGUUCAAGGUAUUUAAGUGUCUGCGAACGUUUAAACCUUGCAAUUGCUUUACGACUUUCAGAAACUCAGAUCAAAAUCUGGUUUCAAAACAGGCGCACUAAGUGGAAAAAGCAUAAUCCUGGACGAGAUACGACAGACGUUGUGCCGAGUACCUCAGAACAGAGUUCCGAGAUGGUGGUGGCUGAAGAAAAGAAACUAAGCGACACAUUUACAACAUCGUUAGGAUCGACUCCAGUAGAUGCUGUAGACCUGUCGCCGAUGAAGGCCAUUUGCGCAGGGUCUCUGCUUGUUCCAUCAUUUUAUGCUCACUCCACUCACCUACGAUUUACACAGAAUCUUUUCCCUGCUGGCUACUGA